AUGAACCAUUUGACGGCAUCCUUUACUUCUUCCGCCUUUCUGGACGAGACUGCCACUACUCGCGGUGAUACUGAUACGGAUGAUGCUUUCUCGGAAGAAAAAAGUUGGCAACGGGCCCACUGUGAAGUGGAUCAAUUUCUUCGGAAUGGCGAAUGGCUCGAUACUAUUAUUAUACACUCCAACAACUAUGAUGAAGCACGCGAUUAUGGCUAUUUGCUCGGCUUUAUACGGAAACACAACGACUUUAGCGCGCAGCUCUUUGGUGGCUAUCGACAAGAUGGACCCGGAUCAUUUCUGCCCUUUCAGUUUCUGGAAAAGGAACAGCAAAAAAAGGCAUAUCCCAUUGCCUAUCUCAUUGCCGCUCGAGCGCCUCUCGAGGUAAUUCAAGAAGUCUACCAAAUGUAUCCUUCCGCCCGACUGCAGCGUCAGGGAGAAGACCAAGGAACCCUUUUACAUGUAGCCUGUCGACAUGGAGUCUCCUUGGACGUUCUAGUGUUCUUGCUGGAGAAGAGUCGUCAGGAACAUGCCCUCCUGGAAGUGGAUCAAAAGGGAAAUCUACCACUCCAUUAUGCGGCCAAGUGUCGACACUGGCAACAACCACUGGACGUAUUCCAGACACUCCUCAACGACCAUACGACAGUGAUACAACACUUGGUGGCGCACCUACUUCCAGAAACCUUUGGGGGAGCCAUUCAGUUGUCCGCCAGUGUCAUCAAUGAGAGUUGUGCCAGGAAUCUGGCACACGUGUUGCCAAAACUACUCAUCAACCAUCAUUGCAUGGAACACACUCAUUCACUGGUCUUAAAAAGUUGCAACGUGGACCAGGGAGCCCUGCGCAUCAUCUUUGCCAGUGCUGUCACAACACCCAUAUCGGUUUUGCUAGCCAACUGCAAGGUUCUAGAUCAUCGGGAUGAUGACGACGACAACAACAAUCAUGAUGAUACUCAAAUGACACACGGAUCAGCAAUCGAAGAACUCUGCAUCGACGACUGCUCCAUGAAAGAAGACUGCUUUUUAUGGCUGCUGGACUGCAUUCAACACACCAUGCCCCGUUUGAAGCAUUUGACUCUGACGAAUCCGAGUCGUCUGCUUCGACAAGUCGAUAUUACCAAUUUUGUGGUUUCCAUGCUAGUACGAGUGCCAGCCACAACACUGUCGUACUUGUCUAUCGAUGGAUUUGCUAUUGAUUUGAACAAGGCCCUCAUUGAUACUCUGGCGCAUGAAAACACGACAACCUACGUCUGUUACAAGAACAACGUUCACGAUCCGCGAGUGCGGUACUAUUCGACGUUGAACCGGUAUGGACGAUCGAUCGCGCAGAAUCCAGGAACGACGCGACAGACAUUGGUGGCGCUCUUGCAUGCCGUUCUUGUGCAAGAAGAUGACAGUCUGGACGAGCUUCUCCGAGCGGCAACUGUCUAUGGCCUUUUGAGGGAGUGUCCCAUCGUAUGGAGUUCUACCGAGGCAGAACAGGAAUAG